GUACCGACAUCCGACGCGAGUGGACGCGAUCAAUUUUCCGGGAGUCUUGAGCGUGACAGCGAAUCGUGCCGAAGGGGUGCACUUUGUUAGCUAAAUUGUCUCUGGGGUAUUUCUGUGGUCUUGAACGCGCACCAGUGAACUACAUUCGGCGUGGUGACAAUCCGCUGGAAGAUUUAUUUCAUUGUGCCCUUAGUGAUUUGGAAGCAAUUGUGGCGCGGAGUGUGGCCGCUAACUGCAGUGUGAUUGGGAGGUGAAGCAAGAAGGCUAAUUGAAAACAAAAGUGAACAAUUUUGGAGCGAAGAUCACGAACGCGGUACCAUCGGACGCAGUGUAAUUACCUGGCUGGGAAAAGUGUCUCGUGAUGUUGUGGAUGGCUCACGGAAAGAUGAAAUUCGUUUGCAUUUUCGCACUUCUGCUGGCUCUGGUUUCGGCUAGUUCUGCCGCUAGCGACGAUUCCAAAGACGCCAACACAGAUGUCAAACGAAUACGGAUAGAUCCGGCCUUGCGGAAGGCUCUGUUACGUGCCCUGCGAAAUCUCAAGGAUCGCCAGGAAGGAAGUGAGAGCGAUAGUGAAAGUGAAAGCGAACAGCAGUACGACUCCAACACUACGGAGGAGAACUUCGCCACUACAAUUCUGGACGAGCUACUGGAGGAAAGCACAACCCGCGAACGUAAUGCCAACAUCAAGUAUCACAGUUUUUCGUCCGAAUCUGACACCCUAAAUGGUGAGAACGAAAUCAUCAAAACCAUCAUCAUAAGCAAACCCAAGACAACUCUGUCCCCUCCGAAAGAAGAUCUCUUGACAGUGCCAAAUCCAAUAAAGGAUCCCGACAACGAGCUGAACACCAAUCAGGUCGUUCGCAGUGUUUCGUCAGGAUUGAACAACAAACUCCAAGGAGAUAGUAAGCUUUCCAUCGUAACGGCCUUAGCCAGCAGUAACACUACCUCACAAGUGACGCAAGCUGCCACAACUACAACAACCGCUGCUCCGACUACGACAGCCAAACUUCCGACUCACAACGCCGAUGGAGAAAACAUCGAACGAGUCAAAAGCGGAGAUGUCAAGAUUUACCAGGCUCCCCUUGUGGCCGCCUUCACCGUGCAACAAGACCAACUAGGCGUCCCACGCAACGUUAUUCCUUUGCUUCAAUCCCCUCCCAAAAAGGCCUCCGUGGACUUCCGCGCGUCAGCCCCCGUGGCACCUACCAUCAACCCCACUACUCAAGUUCCGCAGCUGCCUAACCCAACACAACCCGCUGCUGCCGUUACUCCGAUUCCCCUGAACACACAAGCACUUGAAGAGAAAACGCGUAUACUCGAACAGCAGCUCAUCACCCUGCAGACGCAACAACGCAUCCAAGAGCAGCUCCUACGUUCUAAGAUCCUCCAGGAGCAACAAAUUAUUCUCCAACAGCAGCAACAACUUCAACAGCAACGCGUUCGUCUUGAAGAAGAAACCCGCCAUCGGCUACAAAAAUUCGAAGAAGAGCAGCGACUCUUCCGUCAGCAGCAACAACAACUCCAGCAACAGCAACAACAGCUCAAACUCCACCAACAACAGCAGCAGCAAAUCUUCAAGCCAUUCCCCAACCAACAGCUCCCGAAUAACCUCCCUCCGCCACAGUUCCAGCAAUUGCCACAGCAAUCCCAACAACAGCCACAGACCAAACCCAUCAUUCUCCCUCAACUCCAGCAACCGCAAUUCUUCCAAGAGCUGCCCCGCAACACCCCAGCUGUCCAGUUUAUCCCAAGCGUAACGCUGCCCAGCAAAACCGUCCAAAUCUCCGUGGAACAACAGCUUCCGUUCAAGGAAGCCGUCAACUUCCAACCCACCCUGUCGCGAAAUAACGACAUCGAACAAAUCAAAUCCCUCAGCCAACCUGUCCAGCAGUUCCCCAUCAUCCCCCCUUCCCCGCCGCAACUCUCCAAGCAACAGUUGCUCCCUCUGAAGCCAUUCCAAUCCUUCAACGUCAACCCAGCACCGGUCCCACUCAACAUCCAAGGUCCGCUUCCCGUCGAUCAGCAGCUUCCCCAACACCAACGCAAUCGCGUAUUCCGCCAUGAAUCCGGCACCGGCAACUUCGGCUUCAACCAGCAAUUCCGAGCAUCCCAACCCAUCCCGAUCGGUGGCUUCCAGCCACUCCGCAGCGAUAACCAGCUCGAGAACCUCCUGGUCCAGUCCGGCAUCACGACCCGUUCAGCUGAAGAUUUCAACAUCAUCACCAAAGUUCUGGCCCUGAACCACGGCAUCCCGCAGUCCUCCUCGCAGCAGAUGUUCGCCAAGCUCAGUCCCGAGCAACAGCAGCAGCUGCUGUUUAGGAAAAAGUAGACCGUGCUGCCUCCUGCUGUUCCCAUCCUACCGUCGACCCACCUUCCCUUCAAUGCAACACGCAUGAGAAUGAGUUCCGGAAUGAGUGCCCGAGUGUGAGCGCGAAGAGCACGAGUGAAUGCGAGAGUCGCCAGUGACCUAGUCUGCCAUAUUUAUUGUGUGAGCGAGUGAGAGCGCGUUUCUUAGCACACAACCCUCAGCAGUUGCUCAUCGGUUUCCGUUUCCCACUGCUCUGAAGCAACUUUUCCCCACUUUUUCCAUGCUCGUCUGUCUUCCGUCUAUGUGUAUUCUAUUUUAAUUCGGGUAAGUUAAUUUCUAGACACAGCGAGUAAGUUCAGCAAAUGCGCGCGAAUGAGUGUUCACCAAACGACACGGUUGCGUUUCUUCACCAUUGCAAAAAUGCAACACAUUCAGCCAAUCUAACAAACAGAAAAACCAUACGAAUAGGCUUGUAAGCAAAUGAAAUGCCACGAACGGCGCACUGCGCGUCCUACGGAGUUUUCCAAUAAGAUGUACUAAUAAUUUAUCGAAAAUAAAUGUCACAUUUUUUAGUA